AUGCAAAUCAUAAAAAUUGCCAUUCAGAAAGAUGUGUACAUUUGUUCCAGACCCUUGAAUCGAUUCGAAGAUUUGAGACAAGAAUACCAAUCUUUGUGUUUUCAACAUUAAAAUAGGGAUGAUUAAACAUUCUAGUAAUAUAUGGGUGAAUAGGAUUAGCUUUGUUGA